ACAAAAGUGGACUCAGCCUGCUGGUUUUGACUUUGUAGGUGAUCACAAAGCUUGCUGGCAUGGAGGAGGAAGAAUUGGCAUUCUCAACAAAAGAAGAGCAACAGCAGCUUUUACAAAACGUCUUGGCAGCCACAGACCUGGAUGUUGAGGAAGAGAUGGUGGCAGGAGAAUUUAGUUCCAGAUCCAGCCAGGUGUCUCGGCGCUUUGGCACCAUGAGCUCCAUGUCGGGGGCUGAUGACACAGUGUACAUGGAGUACCACUCAUCACGGAACAAGGCUUCCACUAAGCAUGUGCACCCGCUUUUCAAGCGCUUCAGGAAAUGACACCCAUGAGGCCAGGCAGGUGAAGUCAUG